CAGAGGGCUCGCGCUUUUGUGGCGGUCAUGGAGGAAACCGGAGCUGUCUUCCGGAAAGAGCUGGUGAGCAAACUGCUGCACUUGCACUUUAAAGACAAGAAGACCAAAGUCAGUGGGGAUGCGCUGCAGCUCAUGGCCGAGCUGCUCAAGAUCUUCGUUGUAGAAGCGGCCAUCCGCAGCGUCCGGCAGGCCCAGGCAGAGGGCCUGGCCCGUGUGGACGUGGAACAGCUGGAGAAGGUGCUGCCUCAGCUGCUUCUGGACUUCUAGGGUUUCCACCCUCACUGUGGCCGCCUGUUGGGAGUCAUGGCCUCUGGCUGCAGACAUGACAGAAGCUGCUGACCCACAACAUUCUCCAGCUCCCAGCAAACCACCCCUCUUCCCCAGGUCAUUCCUUCUGCCUGCUGCUGAC